AAAUAAUAAAAUACACAAAACAUUUGUUUAAAUAUUUGUUUAACAUUCCGAAAACUUUCCAAAAUGUAUUAUUUGCAAAAUGUUUUGUUUAGCAAAAACUCGAAAUUUAGUGUUUUAAAAUCGUAUAAAUUCUUUAUUAAAAAUAUAAUCAAACAUAAAUCAAAUUCUUCUGUUAGCACAAAAAGUUCUGGAUUUAAUAAAUUAAGCAUUGAAAAUUUGGAUUUAAAAGAUAAACGAGUAUUGAUAAGAGUUGACUUUAAUGUGCCCCUUAAAGAUGGUAAAAUUACAAGUAAUCAAAGAAUCGUCUCCUCCUUGGAUACUAUUAUUUAUGCCUUGGAGAAGCAAGCAAAAUCCGUAGUACUAAUGUCUCAUUUAGGACGACCAAAUGGUCAAAAGAAUGCAAAAUUUUCUUUAAAACCAGUAGCAGAAGAAUUGAAAAAACUUUUAAAUAAAGAUGUAAAAUUCUUGACCGAUUGUGUGGGUUCCGAAGUGGAAAAUGUUUGUAAAGAUCCCCAUAAAGGUAGUGUUAUCUUACUUGAAAAUCUUCGCUUCUAUGCCGAAGAAGAAGGCAAAGGUUUAGAUGCUAGUGGCAAAAAAAUAAAGGCCAAUAAGGACAAAGUCAAAGAAUUUCGAAAAAGUUUAGCCCAACUGGCUGAUGUUUAUGUCAACGAUGCUUUCGGUACAGCCCAUAGAGCGCAUAGCUCCAUGAUGGGUGAAGGUUAUAAAUAUAGAGCUGGUGGAUUUUUACUAAAUAAGGAAUUAAAAUAUUUCUCCCAGGCUUUACACAAUCCACCGAAACCCUUUUUGGCCAUACUUGGCGGAGCUAAAGUGUCCGAUAAACUGCCACUUAUCGAAAACAUGUUAAAUAAAGUAGAUGAACUGAUUAUAGGCGGUGGAAUGGCAUUUACCUUUCUAAAAGUUAUAUGUGAUAUGAAGAUUGGUAAUUCCUUGUUUGACAGCAAAGGCUCUGAUUUAGUUAUGGGAAUAAUGAAAAAAGCUUGUGAAAAGAAUGUUCAAAUCCAUUUACCGAACGAUUUCAUUUGUGGUAAGAAAGUAGAUAAUAACACUGAUGUUUGUAAUGCUACAAUUCAGUCGGGCAUACCAAAUGGUUUUAUGGGUUUGGAUAUUGGAAAUGAAUCAAGAAAAAUGUUUUCCUGCAUUAUAUAUAAAGCAAAAUUAAUUGUUUGGAAUGGUCCACCAGGUGUGUUUGAACUGGAUAAAUUUUCACAGGGAUCUAAAGCGGUUAUGGAUGCUGUAGUUAAAGCUACUGAUAAUGGAGCAGUUUCAAUAAUUGGUGGUGGUGAUACAGCUGCUUGUUGUAAAAAAUUCAAAGCCGUUAAGAAAGUAUCUCAUGUGUCGACCGGGGGAGGAGCUUCACUUGAACUUUUAGAGGGGAAAAAAUUACCAGGUGUAGAAGCAUUAAGUAAUGCCUGACAAGCUCUAUAAUUAAAUUUUUAUAAUUAUUAAAUAAUAUUUAAUUAUAAAAACAAUUACCAUCAACAUAUUCAUAUGUACAUUAGAGCAUAACUACUACCACAGACAAAUAUAAUAAAUAUUCCGGUGUAAAUUAUAUAAAAAAUAUAAAAAGCUU